AUGAAGCUGCUGUUGAAGUUACAGAAACUAAAACUCUUGUGGACUCUGAAGCCUCCUAACAGGACUUUCCUUGGACAUCCCAGGCUGCUUUCCUCUGAUGUAUAUUCCCAGUAUGAGUCCAUCAGACAGGGCAAACAGGAAAUACCAAAGUAUUUUAACUUUGCAAGUGAUGUACUGGACAAAUGGUCUGAGAUUGAAAAGGCUGGAAAGCGACCACCAAACCCUGCUUUCUGGUGGGUAAAUGGUGAAGGAGAAGAAGUGAAGUGGAGCUUUGAGGAGCUGGGGUUCCUGUCUCGGAAAGUGGCCAAUGUACUGACUAAAGAAUGUGGACUGCAGAAGGGAGACAGGCUUAUCCUGAUCCUACCACGAAUUCCAGAAUGGUGGCUGGUCAAGGUGGCUUGUAUGAGAGCAGGAAUUGUCAUAAUCCCAGGAACAUCCCAGUUAUCAGCCAAGGACAUACUGUACCGACUCCAGGCAUCCAAGGCCGCGUGCAUCGUUACCACUGACAAACUGGCUCCUGCAGUGGACUCGGUGGCAUCCCAGUGCCAGCUCCUGAAAACCAAGCUGAUGGUGUCCAAAGGCAGCAGGGAGGGAUGGCUGAACUUCACUGAGCUGUACCAAAAUCAAUCUGCUGACCAUUCCUGCAUCAAAACAAGGAUUCAAGACCCAAUGAUGAUCUUCUUUACCAGUGGAACUACAGGUUCUCCAAAGAUGACUCAACAUUCCCAGGGCAGUCUUGGUUUCAGACCCCUUUUAAGUGAAAGGUACUGGUUGGAUUUGACUCCCUCUCAAAUGAUAUGGAACACUGCAGACACAGGAUGGAUACUAACUUCAAUAGCAUCUUUUUUUGAUCCUUGGGUUUUUGGAUCAUGUGUCUUUAUACAUAACCUACCACAGACUGACUCAGAAGUUAUCCUAAAUACUCUCUGCAGAUUCCCAAUUGAUGCCCUGGUCGGUGCUCCAACACUGUUCCGCAUGCUGGUGCAAAAUGAUCUGUCCAAAUACAAAUUCCUGAGCCUGAAGUACUGCAUAAGUGGAGGGGAACCACUCAACCCAGAAGUCAUGGAGCAGUGGAAGAGCUACACUGGGCUGGACAUCCAUGAAGUGUAUGGCCAGACUGAAAUGGGAGUAAUCUGCUCUGUUUCUAAAGGAAUGAAGAUUAAACCUGGAUCAAUGGGGAAAGCAGCUCCCCUUUAUGAUGUUCAGAUCAUAGACAAAAAUGCCAAUAUCCUGCCUCCAGGACAACAGGGGGAAAUUGCUAUCAGAAGCAAACCUAUAAGGCCACUUGGUUUUUUCUCUGAAUAUUUAGACAACCCUAAGAAAACUGCAGAAAGUGAACGUGGGGAUUUUUAUGUCACUGGAGAUAGAGGGACUAUGGAUGAAGAGGGAUAUUUCCAGUUUAUUGGCAGAGACGAUGACAUCAUCAUUUCUUCAGGGUAUCGCAUCGGGCCAUUUGAAGUAGAGAGUGCCCUGAUAGAGCACCCAGCUGUGGUAGAAACAGCUGUUGUCAGCAGCCCAGACCCCCUCAGAGGAGAGGUUGUGAAAGCAUUUGUGGUUCUGUCCCCAACCUUUCCAUCCACUGACCUGAAGAGCUUAACUCGUGACUUGCAGGACCAUGUUAAGAAAACUACUGCUCCAUAUAAAUAUCCUAGAAAGGUGGAAUUUGUCAAAGAGCUGCCAAAGACAGUCACUGGGAAGAUCAAGAGGAAUGAGUUAAGAGACAAAGAGUGGGGACGGAUAUAG